AAACCGUUUUCAAAUGUGUGAUGUGACUGUCUUCAUGGCGCUUGUUUUCAGUUAUCUGAUUUAAAUAUCUUUUAAUUGAUUUGAAAUAAAUUUACCACUAACUUGUAGUUUGAACAUGAACGAUACUAAACUUCCCUUUAACCAGAGUGAUUUGAAUUCGUCCUACACAGAAGAGCUUCGUACCGAAUUGCAAAAAUGGUACAAAACCGAGUUCAUAGUGAAAGUACUGAAGCAACGAAAUUCGCCGAUUUCCGUUGAUCAGAGAGCGUUGCUGGGAAUGUAUCUGAACGACAAUCCUCUACCUCUAGGUUUGGACCGAAUACGGAAUGUAGAGUUAAAAUAUCUGGACCGGCUAAAACUGAACGAAUAUUUAGAAAAUGAAAUUAUCCUCCAUACGAAACCGGCUAUUGAAAAAAUGUCCCAAAUCACUCACAACUUAAAUGCACUCAGCAAUCCUCCGUACAAAGACUUCCUCGAGGUCCUUGAUCUGGAAGCGGAGAAGCGUAAAUUAACAGAAGAGUUGAUCAAGUUGAAAAACCGUAAAGUGCAUUUUAUGAACCUUUGUGCAGAAAUGAGAACCGGUCCUUAUCAGAAAAAUACGGUGGAAACGAAAAAUGCCGAAUGCAAAGCACUACAAAUCAAAGCAGAAACAAUACAAAAAGUUAUGAUUCAUGAGGUGACUACAAGUACGGCACAUGCAUUGAAGGCGGUCAAGGAAGUAGAAGCAAACAUCGAUGCUCUUCUCAGUCUGAAAUAAGAUGCUAUCUCCAGAGCUCCUUGAGCUUGAUUCAAGACGAAUUCGAGGCGAACCGAAUCAAAUACGUACUAUGAAUGGGUUUCUAGAAAAUUAUUUCAUACUUAUCAGAUGAAUCCAAAAUUCAACUAUCCUAUUGUACCAUGUGGAUUUUGUUAUACAGCUUUUGGACAAUUCCAAGAACCCAAUUGGACAUUCUUAGAUUAGCAGUUAGCAUCCAAAUUAAUAUUUUUUCAAUCGAAUGUUACAUUGAAACCCGUUUUUUUCUUUUCAUUUUUACUGAAAGGGGUAGGAUGGUGUACUUAAGUUCUUGCAGCUCUUGCAAAAAAAA